AUGGCCGACGCUAUGGCCAGCCUCCGGCAGGCCGACCCCAAUCUCUACAAGACGGCCAUGCGCGCCGAGCAGCUGCAGAACGCCGAGCCCAUCGUUGCCUACUGGUGCGACUACUGGGUCCUCAAGCAGAUCCUCAGCAAGGGCCUCCACACCUCCUCGCCCGACGUUUUAGAGUACAGCACCCGCCUCAUGAACCGCAUGGAGGCCACCAAGGAGACCCGCGGCAGCGAACCUGCCAUCGCCGACGAUAUCGAGGGCCAGGCCUAUGUUGAGCAGUUUGCCCAGAAGCGCCUCGACAGCGCCCAGAACGUGGUCAAGGCCAGCAAAGUCACGGCCACCACAGCCAACACCUUUGACGCCGCCGCCACUCUGUUUGGUCUCGUCAACAUCUGGGGCGCGCCGGACGCCGAGACCAUCCAGAAGAUCAAGUACGCCAAGUGGAACGCCACGCGCAUCCUGCGGGCCAUCAAGGACGGCAAAGACCCCAACGAGUCGAAUCCCAAGCCGGGCGAUCUGGCGAAACGAAAUGCUGAGAGCGCCCUGUCGCCCGGCUCGGAACUGCCACCUGCUGCGCCGGCCGAUGGGCCCCGACCGGUGACGAUUGAGGAUGAGACAGAAGACAGUACAGCUGCGACGGGUGCCAUUGCCGAUGCACGCCCACGACGCGACUCGGCGGGUGUGUCGUUACCGCAUAGCCCGGUGUCGUCCGCGGCCGGCAGUGCUCAUGUGGCGCCUGGACUGGAUACCAUUCCGACACUCCCUCCUGCCGCGAGCGGCCCUCUCCCUUCAUUUGGCUCACCCACAGCACCACCAGCCGCUGCACCGUCGCCAACCAUCUACACACAGGACCCAGACGCCGAAGCACCGUCGUCGGGCACGUAUAUAGAUGACCCAGACGCGUCAGUGCCGCCAGCCAACUUUUCUCCGACCGUGCCCACCUUGAGCCCUCCGACGGCUCCGCCCGAUCUAUUCUACCAGCCGCCUCACCAGCAGCCGUCAGCGCCGCCAUCGGCGCCACCGUCCGCGCCGCCAUCGGCCCCGACAAACGGUGGCUACUUUGCGGGCACCAGCGCUGCACCGCCUCCGGCAGCCGCGCCCACGGGCUACCCGCCCGCCUUUAACAAUCGCGUCGUUCCCCAGCCGUCUGCCCCGCUACCGCCAUCACAGCCAUCACAACCACCGCAGCCUCCACAGUCGUAUGCGCCUGUGAACAAUGGCGGCCCCGUCGACGACCUCGCCAUGGUCAACGCCCAGAAGCAUGCCAAGUGGGCCAUUUCGGCCCUCAACUUUGAAGACGUGCCGACGGCUGUGCGAGAAUUGCGUAAAGCACUGCAGUUUUUAGGGGCGGCGUGA